AUGCCAGAAAAUAGUCGCUUUGCUCGGAGCCACAAGAAAAAAAUGCUAAAGAAUCGGGUUGGGCCUGAUUUAAAUCGUCUAAAUUUUAGUCAGUUUUGGCAGAAGUUGGAAGUCCGGAAUCCGAAACCAGCUGCUGUUGAUUUACAAACGACGGGUUUCAGGACACUGGGAAUUUGUUCGGAUCAAAGCAGCGAAAUGCUGUUACACUUCUUCGUCGCUGAAUUGGUUUCCGUGGCUGAGAAAUAA